GUGCUGUGUCCAAUCACAGCUGAUCACUGAUGAUCAGGGCACUGAUGAUCAGUGUGGCCCCAGAAGUGCCACCUAUCAGUGUCCAUCAGUGCCAGCAGCCAGUGCUGAACAGUGCCAGUGCAACAUCAAUGCCACAUAUCAGUGCCUACCAGUGCACAUCAAUGCCACAUAUGAGUGCCCAUCUGAGCUGCCUUUCAGUGCCACCUAUCAGUGCCAGUCAGUGCCGCCUAUCAGUGUGCAUCAGUGCCGCCUAUGAG